GAGGAGGGUGGGGUGGGCAGGGUCAGGAUGGAGCUGCUCUGGCUAAAUAUGUCCUUAGAGUUGCAUUGAGGCUGGGGUCUGAAGGAAGAGCGCCAGCUAGAAGUCCCAACGGAGAGCCUGGGAUGAACCUCCCAGAGGAAGGGGUAGGGCCCUAGCAAAGCAGGAAUCUAUCUAGAGGGCAAAGGAGGCUUUGAAGGGUUUUUAGGGAGAGAGGAAGUGCUCAGAUAUGCAGGCUCAGCAGGGGCUAUGGCAGGGAAACUGUGGCUGUGGACCCGGAGGAGGAGUUACCAGGGGAGAGGGCCUGGGGUCGGGAGGGGCCCGGAGGGUAGAUGGAAGGCUGCUGGACCACUCCAGUGAGGUUGGGGAUGGGUCCUGAGGCUAGGCUGGCUGGGGGGAGGUAUGGGGAGUGUUGUUCCUUAGCUCAGGUUUAGGCAAGCAUGCUGACCUGAGGCAUCUGAAACAGCAGCCCGCAAAAUGUUGCAAGCAAGACUCAGAGUAACUGAGUUCAGCUUGAAGUGAUGCAGGAGGCGGAGGAGUGAGGUGGCGGGGGUGGGGGCAAGGGAAGCAGAGGGCCAACAAGGCGUGCGAGGAAAGUGUUGGGUGGUUUUGGCAUUAGGAGUAACACGGGUCCACCUACCCCUGGUGGAGGGUCUGGGGUGGGGGCUGGAGAGGCUCCAGUCAGUGACUCCCCAUGACGCCUCUCCAGGACCAGAUCAAGCCCGGCCCUGGGAUGGGGGCUGGGGUGGGAGAGAUUGAGCCUUGCUCCUCCACCCAUUGGAGCUCCCAGACCCACAGAUAAUUACGAGGUGAUACGAUAAAUGCUACCUGCACGGGGUGCCGUGGGCGGAGAGGGCAGGGCAGCCGGGAGGAGGGGGCCCUUUUUGACUCUGAGCCUGAGCCGUUCGUUCAUGAGGCAAGGACCGAGGGGACUGCAGGCCUGGGCGUGGGAACCAUGCAGACAGAAAACCGAGGGCAAGAAGAGACCCUGGGCCUUAGGUGGCAGGGUUGCCUUUGAACCUAGGGACCCGAGAGCGCAUGCCCUUGGCUGUGCUGCUCUCCUGCCCCUGGGCUUGGCCUACCAGGUGCCAGACUGGCCUAGCCGCCAGACAUUCCCACGUAUUAACGUGCUGACAUCUGCGGAGGCCCACACAUUGGCAGGGCUCCAGCCUACAUCCCUACAUCAAAGGCUGCUCAGGUGGUUUCUUGGGCCUGAGGCACUAACAUUCCUGCGUAGCCAGUGCAACUGGUCUGGACUCGAGGCCUCAGGCUGUGUUCCAGGAAGGCACCCUUGGCAUCUGCCUGAGCGGUGUGGAAAACCAGGAGGCUACGUGGUUGUGGUGUCUCUCUGGAGCAGAUCCUGCGGCCCCAGGCACCUGCCGUGUGUGAGGGAGACCCCCGUUAUCUCAUCAGCGGCUUCAGCCAACCCCCGUCCCCACUGCCCCAUUUUUGCAGCCACCUCUGCAGGCAAGGCGUGGGGCUCCCAUCCCCUGAGAAAGGUAGGCACCUGCCCUGUUGCCCUCAGCUAA